CAAAUAAGACGAUUGUGGAUUCUAGAUCGGCUGAGGACCCAGCGCAUUGGCAAAAAGAGAUUUGGAACCGAGAAGCUUUUCCAAAUCCCUUUCGCCAUGCUUAACUUCCUUUCUAUUUAUACAGCGAUGGGAUAACGCAGUCGCUUAUUAAACUAUCAAUGGAAUUGGAUGCAAAGAACCGAUAACUCAACUGGAUUUGUUUUUUAUUUCUUGGGACGGCCGGGAUGACUUGAUAAUAACGAUAGGUGCUGCAACGUGGCAUCGCAACAUCUCGGCUCGUCUAAUUCCUCAACGGGCGUGGGAUCUUCUUUCAUCAGACACGUCAAAACUCGUCACAACGUUUCACUGUUACUUGAUAGAUUACUGGACGAUUACAAUCACCACUUGAGACCUGACAUAGGAGGACCCCCAACUAUAGUAGAUGUCGACAUUAUGGUGAGGAGUAUGGGACCCGUUUCAGAAGCCGACAUGGUAGCGUAAAACCACCGCAAUUAUUAAAUUAUUGAAAAAGAAAAGCAAUGAUUUCCGACAAUCCGACAAUGGUUAGACAUUUUCUCUCGACUGCUACUUCCGCCAAACGUGGAAGGAUACUCGACUGGCGCACCAACAAGUCUCCAACGCCGAUGCCGAGCUGUCGCUAAGCGUGUCGAUGCUUGACCGUAUCUGGAAGCCGGACACUUACUUUUACAAUGGCAAAAACUCGUACUUGCACACAAUCACAACUCCAAACAAAUUGGUUCGGCUCUUUCCAGACGGCAGGAUUCUCUACUCUUCAAGAUUGACGAUAAAGGCUAGUUGUCCAAUGGAAUUACGUAAAUUCCCAAUGGACGUCCAAUUAUGCCCGUUAAGCAUGGGAAGCUUUGCCUACACUCAAUCGGAUGCAAUUUACCGCUGGAACCAAGAUCGUCAGAUCGUGAUCGCGUCCGGCAUGAAAAUGUCCCAGUUUGACCUAGUUUCCACGCCCGUUUCAAACUACACCAUCAGAUUCAAACACGGCAAUCAUUCAAUGAUUUCUGUGCGCUUCCACCUCCAUCGCCACAUGGGAAGUUUUCUAAUUCAAGUGUACGGACCCUGCAUCCUGCUCGUCGUUCUAUCCUGGGUUUCGUUCUGGCUAAAUCGAGAAGCAACGGCCGAUCGUGUCAGUCUCGGUGUCACUACUAUUUUGACAAUGACUUUCCUGGUAUUAGAAGCGAGAGCCAAUCUACCAAAAGUGACCUAUCCUACGGCUCUGGAUCACUUCUUUUUUCUAUCAUUUGGGUUCAUAUUCGCAACCAUUAUUCAGUUCGCCUUUGUUCAUUACUUCACUAAAUACGGCUUCGGAGAACUCUACUUUUCUCAAAUGGCUACCGACGACGAUGACGACGAGCAACUGGAUAAUUCUGACGAAGUUUUCCCUGCAACACCGCCUACUCCAUCGCCCGUAGUAGCUCGAAAGACUAAACAGGUGCAUCCAAGAGAGGUAUUCAGUGUGGAAAGCCACCUACGCAGUAUUAAAGAAGAAGAGACGGCCGUUGUGCAGAUCCAGCCAGAUGAAUGUUCUACUCCAUCCCAACGACCCGGAAGGAGAAAUCAAAGAAGGACUCAGCAGUGGGACGGCAGGGCGAUGAAUUCCGUCUCCAAAAUAGAUCAAAUUUCCCGCAUUUUCUUCCCUGCUCUUUUCAUAGCCAUAAAUUUGUUCUACUGGUACACCUACGCCACGCCAGCUUCAGAGUAA